CAACUGGGCAUUUGAUACUAUCGCUAUUAAGAGAAGAUUUUCAAAAGCUUGGCUUAGAAGGCACAGUUUCCUUCUUUGAUCGUAAAGUGCAUACACGUUAUGGUAAGUCCUAAGGAGAAAAAUAUUAAAGAAAAUCAAAAUGCCGAAAAAGCAGCAAGUGCCUAUGCUAGUGGAUCUAGCAUUAUGCUCCGUUGGAGAAUUUGUGACUACUUUUGGUAGAUACAUGACAAAACUUAUUUGCAUGACUUCCAAAACUAAUCCAGAAUAUGGGCAUACUAAGUUACAUUCAAUGUUAGAAUUCAUGAAACAUUUAUUGAACUCAUGUAUACCUCGACACUUAUAUGAUAAAAUGUCCAUUGCAGUGUUAACUGCCAUUGUCAAUUUAGUUAAAGAAACUAGAGGUACUUAUAAUGAUUUUGCAUUAACUACAGCCUUUUUAUCAGAAAUGACAGUUGCUCUUCGAUUAACAGAAGUGGCUGUAGGUCCACAUUUAAAAGCAAUUGAAUUUUCUAUUUGGCCUAAAAUUAUGCGACACGUACUUUACAAUAAGUUGUAUGAUAUGGUUGGGCUUGAGAUUCUGGAUUUAGGUUCAGGGUCAGCUGGUUGGAGAACAUCAGAUAUCGAGAAAAUUAUUGCCAAUGGAGUAUCUGCAAUGCCAAAUUUAGUAUGUUUUAUUUUAUGCUUUGAUUGUACAGAUAAUAUUAUAUUGGCCUUAGCUAGAAAUUGUAAAAAGCUGCAAAAACUAGAUGUAACUGCAUCUAGAUCUGUAACAGAACGCAGUGUUGGUCCUUUACUUUCAUGUAAACAUUUAAGACACAUUAAACUAUGUAGGACCUCUAUGACUAUAUCUGGUUAUGCAAAUCUCUUUUUAGAACAUUUAAAGAUAGAAGAUAUCGGUAGAUGCGAUGAAUUUGGGUAUGUUUUAGAACAUAUUCAUCAGAAAGAUAUCGGCGUUAAAAGUUCUUUUCAUAUCAGAACAUUUGAGAGUCGAAAUUUUAGUAUGGAACAUUUAUAUCUUUUAAUUGAUAUGUGUCCAUAUAUUACAAGUCUUUGUUUACUACGUGAUGAAAGAAUUGGUGAUUUGACAAUUCUAGCUACUCUUGAUUAUUUAAAAGAAUUAAAGCUCUUAUCUUGUGAUUUUUAUACCCAUGGAAUAAAGACACUGUUGGAAAUCAAAGGUUGUGCAAUUAUAAGUCUGCACUUGGAGCAUGUAGAAGAAAUUGACUUGAAUGCACUUAUAUUGAUAAGUCAAUACUGUCCAGACAUAAGGGACCUAGUUUUUUAUAAUUGCGAAUUCUUAGAACAUGCAGCACUUCAUCCACGAAAGCUUGCAGUUCGACCAUUCCAAUGUUUAGAAAGAAUCAAAUGUGUAGCUGAAUGCGCAAACAUGCACCUAGAAUUUUUGCUUUCUCAUUGUAUAAAUAUUAAAUUCAUACAACUGGGUUCAUCAACUGGAAUUGGAGAUGACACAAUGAGAAGAAUACUUUUGCAAAAUCCAAUGAGCAAGUUAGAAGAGCUAAAAAUAUUAUAUAGUCAUGAUUUAUCAAUGAAAACUGUGCAAUUAUUAAUGCAGAAUUGCGAUAACUUACGACGUCUAUCGGAAUUAGAAAGUUGGCAAGGAAUAUCACCUACAGAAUUAAAUAUUUUCAGAGAAGACUUAAAAACCACUAAUACAAAUUUGGAUAUAAGUCCAAGCUUAUUUUUUGCAUGAGUUAAAUAUUGAAGAUGAUAAUGUAAUUGUGAAUAAUUUAAGAGGAUAUAUUUUUUACAUCAUUAAAUGAAACAGUGUUAUACAUAAAAUAGAAUAAAAACAAUAAAGUGAUUGUAUGCAUAUUCAUAGAAUAAUUGAUUAAAUGACAAACAAAAAAAAUCAAUAAAAAAAAGUAUUUGUAUCUUUCCUUAGUGUACAUUAGAAAAUAGUUAUGCUAGACAAUUUAUUUAAAAUUCAAGUUUUAAACGAUUUACUAAUGUAUAUCAUAUUGUAAAUUCAUGAAUAAGGUUGCACGUCUUUUUAAUGUUCGCAUUAGUAACUUUACACUUUGUCAUUUCUACUUUUCGUUUUUUUUUUUACCGGUAACAUGAAUCAAAAGUCGUGACUAUUGAUUUAAAUUCUGAAAGCUUUACACCUGGCAAGAAGAAUUACGAGCAUA